AUGGCCCUUAUUUUCCUCUUCACUCUUUUCCCCAUUGACCAGUUCGCCUUCUUGCCUGGUCUCUCGAAGGCAGACGUCUACUUCAACCAACACUCGCCGUUCCCUCCCACCCAAACUCAGCACCGGUCGCAUCUUAACCUUUCCCGCUGCUCGUGCAAGCUCCGAACUCUAGCUUCUACUUUCAUCUCUCCUCAACACAUACCUCUUCUCGCCGUCCUCUGCAUCCCUAUAGAUCCAAUUGCGAUGUCCGAGUCCGCCGGUGCACCCAAUGGCUGGCUCAGCCAGGUUCCAGCCCCCUCAGCUCCCUCAUAUCCAUACGCAUCGAUCCCAUAUGACGAUGAGCAACGACAGAUACUUCUCCCCCAGCGUCGGCGCGGACCGCACUCUUCCAUAGCCUACCUCUGUGUAUAUUGCCCUGAAAAGUUCACCAACCAAAACCACCGAUUGAUACACAUCCAGGCACAACAUCCAGACGCCCAGUAUAAGGAAAAGGAUGAUUUCCACAGGAGAAUAUGCUCUUCUUGUGACCCCAACGCCCAACCGUACCAAAUCGUCGAUACGCAGUUCACCAAGGAGGAAUGGAAGAAGAUGGUGUGGGUGCUCGAAGAUAAAACUCUCGUAAAGAUAAUAGCCACCGAAAUUGGACGCGCUUGCACCACUGUACUAAGGAACAGAAGAACGCUCAGCCAGGGAGCAGUCGUGUUGGAAGACGGGUGUCACUAUUGCCAAAGUUCGCGCCUGAAGACCCAACAGAGUUUUACUACUGCGGUUUCGGAAAGUCGUCCGAUGGACGACAAAUACGUUGGGGACAUGACCCAGACCCAGCAGCGCCUCAUUACAGAACUGCAGACAGAAAGCUGGGCUCGUCCUUCGACGGGCCAUCUUAAGCAAGCACUGCAGCGUCUUGUACAUGUCAACACAGUCGGGCAAGAUCCUAGCAAUUCCCUUCGCAACCUUGAACUCGCCCAGGAAGACUUCAAGACAGCACUCGUCGGCGGCAGCACCCGCCCUCGCCCUCCAGCUCCUACCGGUACGCCGCCUAGGAUCCACGAAGGCUCAAUGACGACGUCGACAGACGCUCGGACCGAUACCUCAAUACGGCAACCUUUGGAUCCGGUACGUCCCGGUGGAAUACUGGUAGCAGAUGCCCAGGGUCUAAUCACCGUGGUCUACCUCAAACACGGCACCGACACUACAAAUUUCCGCAUUUCUCGAGACCACUUCUUGUACAAGUCAUACCUUGACGACCAUUUCUUGGCCUUUCGUUGCCAGCAAUGCCAGAUGCGAUUCAGCCUAAAUCUGGAACUCAAAUACCACUUGCUAUGUCAUCAUCGUCUCAUGUUAGUGGGCUCGGACGUUCUCCACGAAUUGAUUUGUAGGAAAUGCAACCCCGACUCGAACCUCUUAAUUCAGGAGAGGGAUGCGAAAGACCUCCCCACUGAAUGGAUACAACUCAUCUUCGACAAAAUCAGGACGAGGAGGGAGGUUGCGAUCGGCUGUGGCCAUUCGUGCAAUACAAUAUCCCGCCUUGAGAGCAAUAUCAAAGACCGGGAGAGAAGAGACAAAGAUAUGAGGCUGUACAGGGUCUCGAAAAAAAAACCAAACACCUGCAUGACCUGCAGGCACCGCAGGAUCAAGCGCUAA